UUUCAAAAGUAUACACAAGAAAAAACACAAACUGUACUGAUGCAACAACAAAAAGAGGAAGACAUUUCCAUUGCUUGUUAACUGAGAACCUUGAACAAGAAGUGAUAUCCUGAUGGCAGCAUCUGAAAGAAAGACACGCAUCAGUUUCUCUCCUGUCAGGAGGUCAAAGCAGGCAGCAAAUGACAGGAAGUCCUGCAUCAUGUGGAUCAAGAGGCUGGUGAAUAAACAGGUGGAGAAGAGAGUCGCAGAGGUGUGUUCAGAGUUCCUUCUCAUGAACCGUGUCCUGAGAGAGGAGAUGGAGGCUGAGCUUCAAGAGCUGACCAGACUAGUGGUGGAGCAAGCCAGAGAGAGACCACUACACUACGCCAAACUGUACCAAGAUUAUGGGAUGCUAUCAAGGAGGCCACGCAGAAUGGAGGAAGAAUAUGAUGAGAGCACUGAUGAAGAUGAAGAUGUGGGGAAAUGUAAACAAGACGGAAGGUUGAAGAGUUUGGUGGUCCCAUCCAGUAGCAGUGACUCCAGCGAUUGUUUCACAAGUGAUACUGUGAUUAGUGAUGUCUCCAGUGAUGCUAACAGCAAGAAAAUCCACAGCUUUUCAUCGGCUGUCACCCCUGUGUCUGACAACAGCUAUUUCACGAAGGAUUCAAUAGUAGAGGGAAGCACAAGGAAUCUCUUUUAUAUCAACCCCAGCCUAACCAAUGAAGACGACGAAAGGCUCUGUGGGGACAGAACUACAGACGAAGAGGCUUUGGAGACAAUGGAAGGAACGCAUGGACAAGCAUUAAAUGGGAGGAACAACGUAGAGCCAGCUGAAAAAGAGGAAACUGAAGAACAAGGAGAAACAACACCUCCAGUAUCAGAGAAAAAAGAGAAGCAAACCAUGAAAGCAGUGAAGAAAAUGAAGACUUCUGUCAGUGACUUUUUUAAUCGUCUGAACUUUUCUAGAUGGGAGAGACUAGAAGAUGAGGACUGACUGACUCAACUCAUCGAACGGUGGAGUUGAGUGCUCAGUAAAUAAAACAUUGUGCAUAUCCAA